GACAUCUUAACCAAGAAAUAAUUGGAUUGGUUACACAACUCACUCCACCUUAUGCCACCUUUGCUUCACACUUCAAUAAUUCCCCCAUCUUCUCAAUCCAAACUUUGCGCUUUAAUGGAAAAAAAUUAAGGUAAAUGACAAAGUUUUAAUUAGUUUAAACACACCUCGAUUAUGGAACCAGUUGACCAAACCAAACAGAACCAGAAUCUAUGGCUUCCAUUGGAGUGGUUCCACUUCCUUUGUAGUAUGAAUGAAUCAGUGUCUCUAAUAUUUGCCACUGGGACCCCCCAUUAAACACCCUUUUCUCUCUGUGAAAAGAACACAAAUGGAGUUGUUUGUGGCACUAACUCUAAACUAAGCACCAAAAACCAGAUUCCUUUUGUGUAUUUGGUUUUUGCCACCACUAACUCCAACCUUUCAUUGUGUAUUUAUUUUGUGUUUACUCCCAAUCUUCAAUCUUCAAUCUUCAAUCUUCAAAAACACACAUGAUUAUAAAACCAGAAUUUGACACCACCUUUUAUAGAACCAAACCAAAAAAGAAGAUUCCAGUUACCACCAAGUUCAUCAGAUUAGACCAAAUGGUUCUCCUUCCAAACCAACCAUGGUUGAAGGAAAAGUGAGAAAAAAGAGAAGAAAAUGCGUGGAUUAAAGAUAAGUGAACGCUUCAAGAGCACACAAGUUCAUGCCCUGAAUUCCUCAGAAACCAGUGGUGGCAGCAGCAGCAGCAGAAGAAGAAGAAGAAGAAGAAGCAAUGGUUCUUCUUCUGGUGUUGUAUCCCUUGUGUUGUCAAAGGCCAAACCAAGGAACAAAACAACCUCAGAAGUUGGAAACCUUGUUGUUCCUCUUCAGUUACCUUCCACUGACACAAUUGAACCAUCCAUUGAGCCUUACCUCAAACCAAUCAACCUUGUGGAAGCCUUGGCAGAACUCUACUACAGGCUAGAGUGUUGCCCCCAAUCACAGAAGGCUUCAAUUUGUAUCGAGCAGUAUUCGCUGUUGCGCGGAAUUGGAGACCAGAAGCUUCUCAGGAGGUGUCUCCGG